AUGCACGUGAACAAGAGAAUCGGCCGCUUCAGGCAAUGGGCCGGCGAGCGCAUGGGCGGAGAGGCCAAGACGACCGUCUCCGAUGAUUUCAAGGCAAUGGAAACGGAGAUGGGCGUGCGACAUGAAGGCGUUGAUCGCAUUCACAAGUCUAUGACCGCAUAUGUCAAGGCCAUUUCGAAGCGCAGCGAGGGAGAUGACAAGGAGAAGACCCUUCCGGUAGCCCAUCUCGGCAGCAGUAUGGUCAGCCAUGGAGAGGACUUUGACGGAAACUCUGAAUAUGGGCAGUGCCUCAUCAUGUUUGGACGGACCGAAGAGCGCAUCGCGCGCGUUCAAGAGAACUACAUUGGACAGGCGACUUCGAGCUGGCUUGAAUCCCUGGAGAGAUCUCUGACACAGAUGAAGGACUAUCAGCAAGCUCGAAAGAAGCUCGACAGCCGCCGGCUGGCUUAUGAUACGUCGCUUUCCAAAAUGGAAAAGGCCAAGAGAGAAGAUUUCCGCGUGGAGGAAGAGCUGCGUUCCCAGAAGGUGAAAUACGAAGAAGCCAACGACGACGUGAUCCGCCGCAUGCAGGACAUCAAGGACGCGGAAGUCGAUAAUGUUAUGGACAUGGGGACUUUCCUGGAUGCUCAGUUAGAAUAUCACGAGCGCUGUCGCGAAGCGCUGCUACAGUUGAAGAACGAAUGGCCUGGAUCGAGCCAAGGUCCACCACCAGCCCGUCGCGCGACGCGAGCCCGUUCGAAUACCACUCAAUCAUACUCGGAGCGGUAUGAUCCAGUGCAGGAAGAGCUCGCGAAUGCCAUGGAGAGCCGCCCAGCUAUUCGGCCGAGUCGGACAAUCGUAACCGAGAGCCCUGCAAGAGAACUUUAUCCCAACCAGGGAGUUCCCCGACCAGUUUUGAGCCGCACGUCCACAUUUGAAGGACCCACGCAGCUACGUCAAGAGCAAGCCCCGGUGGCAUCACAAUGGGUCCAGCGAACUACGAGCGACUCACUGGCUGGACAACGACGAGCUCCUACCGUCGAUCCCUAUGCCGACUCCGAAGAGGUCAGCUCAUAUGGCCGUUCUAGCCCCGAGCGCAGUUACGAUGGCCGAUCAGGCUCGCCAGCGACUUCACAUGGCAGUGUGGCCUCUCGACGUCCCAGUGCGACAGCAUUGAGUAGCACUACCGGAAUACUAAGCAAGAAAGCACCCCCGCCUCCUCCCCCAUCUCGGGCUAAGAAGCCUCCACCUCCACCACCGCCCAUGAAGCGGACUCUGGCAGCAGGAGACUAUUAA